AUGGCGGACAACAAGAACAACCAGACCGACUCGGCCGGCUCCGGCGAGACGGACCUGCGCAAGCAGAUGGAAGCCAUGAUUCGGUACAAGGUUGAGUGCGAGGAUCAGUAUGGACCGAACUUCGAUGUCAAGCAGGACGGCACUCCCUUCGAUCUCCAGGUCUCGCAGGACCCCAGCGCCAUGGUCGACGUGCGCGAGCCCGUCUUCGAGAUCAUCACCGCCCUUGACGUCGCAUCCAACAGGCCGAAAUUCUACGGCGGCCUGUGGGGCGAGAAGUUUGGGGAUGAGAACAUCGAAUCUUGGGCGGCUCAGGCGGCAAAGGCCCCGGGGCUGUUGAGCGAUGACGAGGAAAAGGAGAAGAAGAAGGAGCCAGCUACGCUGGAGAACAAGCGCAUCCUCAAGAUCGGCGAGACGAGGAUGGUCCUCCACUCGGCCUGGCUGCUCGAGGCCAUCAGGGAGGUCGUCCAGUUCUACCCGAGCCAAAAUCUGACGGGCGAUACCGUCACUGUCCACGAGCCGUACUGCGCCCUCGUGCACUAUAUCACCGAGCUGCGAGACCUGAAGAACCGGCUCGCGCUCGACCGCGUGACGGACCCGGACCAGGAGCCGGACGACCUGUCAGUCAAGUACGAGCACCUGCGCAUCCUGCUCGAGUUCCUCGACCCGCACGUCGAGCGCCUCGUGCUGCCGGCACGCCGGCGCCUCAAGCGCGACGAGCCCACGACGACGUUCGAGGAUCUCUGGUACCUUCUCCGGCCCGGCACGCUGUCGUAUUGCACGCACGACGACGAGGUGCUGGGCUGCGCCGUCGAGAGCGUCGAGCUCGAGAAGUCGGACAACAAGGAGGACCAGAAGUGGACGGUCAAGGUCUGGUUCCUCGGCCACCGGUGGAAGACGGCGCGCAUGCGGCGCGCGCUGCUGGACAUCGAGGUGCCGUACUUCGAGGGCGAGAAGGAGGUGAUGAAGCUGCCCGUGUACCCGCGCGAGUACUUCGACAAGCAGGACGGAGGAGAGCGCAGGGCCAAGUUCCAGAAGAGAGGCGCCAAGGCCUGCGACAUUUCGUGGAAGGGUCACUCGUACCUGUCGUACAACGGCAAGUUCAUGGACAAGGCGAAGCAAUACUACGAGGGCCCCAUCGUUGCCGAGACUGCCAUCCCGAGGCGCGAGAAGGUGCCAGAGAACUUGUGGGAGUUCAGCUGGGAUAACUAUCUCGACUACGCAACGGAGAAGAGCCUCAAGAAGGACAAGUUGGCGAAGCACAUGCAGCCGGUGGGCAUCGACCCGGCCGCGGUGACGCAGGACAUGCUCUCAGACGACCACUUCUUCCUGGUGUCGCCGGUGAUGCUCGCGUUCGCGCUGAACCACAAGACGUGGAUGCCGGUGCAUGUGGACAAGAUGCGCGCCAUGGGCCCGCCGGCGUACGUGCCCGACGCCAACAUCGGGGCGGACAACCUGCGCAUCAUCCGGGCGCUGUCGCACCGGCAGGUGUCGACCAAGCAGUCGUGGUCGGCCGACUUCAUCAAGAACAAGGGCGAGGGCGUCGUGGUGCUGCUGCACGGCCCGCCCGGCGUGGGCAAGACGUACACGGUGGAGAAGACGGCCAUCAGCACGCGGCGGCCGCUGCUGUCGCUGACCAUCGGCGACCUGGGGCGCAACGAGGAGAAGAUCGAAAAGGAGCUCGCCAUGUGGUUCGACCUGGCGCACCGCUGGCGGGCCAUCCUGCUCAUCGACGAGGCCGACAUCUUCCUCGAGCGCCGCCGCGCCUCGGACCUGGCGCGCAACGGCGUCGUGGCCGCCUUCCUCCGCAAGAUGGAGUAUUUUGGCGGCAUCCUGUUCCUGACGACCAACCGCGUCGAGCACAUCGACGAGGCCUUCAUGUCGCGUGUGCACGUCGUCAUCGGCUUCGACAAGCUCGACCGCGAGCGCCGUCGCGUCAUCUGGCAGAGCUUCGUCGACAAGCUCAAGCGCGAGAUGAAGGGCAAGCUGCGCGUCAGCGACGAGGCCGAGCGCUUCGUGCUCGACGACGAGGAGAUGGGCGAAGUCGACUGGAACGGCAGAGAGAUCCGCAACGCCUUCCAGACGGCCAUCUCGCUCGCCGAGUUUGAGGCGCUCGAGGAUCCGGAGCACGACGACGAGGCCGAGACGGUCGUGGGCGUCGAGCACUUCCGGCAGGUCAUGGAGAUGAGCAAGACGUUCAAGAGUCACGUCGAGACGAUGAAGGAGAAGAGCAGCGACAGCGAGUGGUCGGACUUUUGA